AUGACUGCGAGCACAUCUGCGACAGACGUCGAAAAAUUACAGCCUCAAGACGUGUCUACUCUAUCCGAAUCCAAAGAGCAAUCGGUCAAGCCGCUCCCAAAUAUUAUCGAUCUUUAUCCUGGUCUGCCACCGGUCGAUAGAGGAAGGGCUGCAUGGCUGUAUCUAGCCGCCGCCUUCGUUGUUGAGGUCUUAACCAUCGGAUUCAGUUUCUCAUUCGGCCGUUUUCAAGACUUCUACAGCACCAAUGAGCCGUUUGCGGGUUCCUCAAAUAUCGCAGUCAUUGGCGUCCUGAACCAGGGCCUCAUCUUCAUCUGUUUGCCGGUCACCGUUCAUCUUGCCAGGCGGAAGCCUGAGUGGGCUCGAUGGUUUGCAACUGGAGGACUUCUGGGUGCUUUUGUAUCCAACAUCGCGAGCUCCUUCUGCACGACCAUAACACAGCUCAUUGGAACACAAGGUGUCCUACUAGGAGUUUGUGGGAGCUUUGCCUUCUGUCCGCUCCUUGUGUUUGCUGACCAGUGGUUCGACAAACGCAAGGGCUUGGCCUUUGGGAUCAUUGGGAGCGGAGCUGGUCUAGGGGGCCUGUUUCUUCCUCUCAUCUUCAACGCGCUCCUUUACAAUGUUGGAUUCCGAACCACCAUGCGCAUCUGGGCGGGCAUACUCUUCGUCAUCGGCAUUCCGUUAGCGUACUUUGUGAGGCCUAGACUGCCGCCGUCUGCCACUGAGAAGAAGCCGUUCUGGAACCUGCGAGCUGUCCGUUCACGCUUCUUCAUCCUCAAUUCGAUUGCGAACCUCUUCCAGGGCGCAGGCUACUAUCUCCCUGGUAUCUACCUGCCCACCUUCACCCGCGAAGUCUUUGGCGCAUCCACCUGGUUAGCGACUCUAUCGCUUAUGCUGUUGAAUCUCAGCGCGAUGAUGGGCCUUAUCAUCAUGGGCCACUUCACGGACCGGUGGAAUUCUCGAACUUGUAUCUUCAUCUCUGCCUUUGGCGCAACCAUUGCUGUCUUCCUCUUUUGGGGCUUGGCAGUCCACCUUUCCGUCUUGUACCUCUUUUGUAUCUUCUUCGGUCUGUUCUCUGGCUGCUUCCCAGCUGUGUGGCCAGCAGUCAUGAGAGAAACUGCUAGGAGAGGUGAAGAAAGAGGAUUCGGCUAUGUCGAUACCUUGAUGUGUUACUCUCUACUCUGUGUUGGUAGAGGUAUUGGGAACAUCAUCUCCGGUCCUCUAAGUGAGGCGCUCAUUGACGGGAUGCCAUGGAAAGGAGAGGCUAUUGGGGGCUAUGGAAGCGGGUUUGGCGCACUCAUCGUCUUCUCUGGUCUGACGUCCCUGGUGAGCGGGAUGAACACCUUGUGGUAUCACUUGUUGUGA